AUGUGCUUGACUAUGAGAAAAGCAGAUCUCCUGAAAUUAUUAACAGCAAUAAUUAUCAUGUUCAUUGUAUGUUUGCCUGAAUUUUUCAAAACCCAUGAAGCAAGCACUGUGAUUAUAUCAUGCAUGGAUGCUUGUUCAUUAAAUAAUGUCACCUUUCCAGUCUGUGCGUUUAACAAUUCUUCUGAAAGCUUCCUGCAACAAGGAAGUAAAAAACAGACUGUUUUUUUGAAGGUCUUUAUAAAUUACUCUGAUUUUCAAAAUACUCCAAGUAUUUGCCAAGUCUCCAGGACUGAACUGCAACCAUGUAUUUUAAACUCCACCUGUGAAUCCAAGGAUGAUAUGAAUGUUGUUCACCAGGGAUCAAGAUCAGAAGGUAAAGAAAGAGAACAAGGGAAAAGAAGUGCUUAGUUUAGAGAAGUGAGAGGAUCAUUAGAUAUGAAAGCAAAAAAAUUUAUUUCUUUCCAUAAACAUUUCAAUUUCACUGUGGGUUAUGUGAAUGAAGAAAGUGAGGAAUACAACAUUUACUAUAUACUGGAAGUCCUCAUUAGAAAUUCUACAACCAGAAGAGGAAACACUACAGAAGAAAGCAUAAAUCACUCAUGUAUAGCAGCAAUGACGGAAGACCAAAAUGGCUGUAUAAAUAUUUCACUGCAACUACAGCCUUAUGUGGAAAAUACAAUGUGUAUACCGAAGAUCAUUUGGCUUGUUCUGAUUCCAUUUGUUUUUGUGCUUACUGUCAUUACUGUUACCUACAAAGUAUUCCAAGAAAAUAAAAAACACAUCCAUAGCAAAUAUAGAGCAACGGCAGCUUCUGUUAUCCAACAAAAAGACAGCAAAAGCUCAAAAGAAUCUACACCUACUAAUGUUAUUCAGCUCCUUUCAGAGCCCAACCAACGAAGACCCGCAGCUAUCACACAAACAGUAGAGAUAUUGCCUGCAAUUCCUGAACAUGAGCAUUCUCAGCAGGCGUAG